CUCUCUGUGAUUCAAGAAAAUAAUGCAUCACUACAACUUCACAUGCUCACCAUUUGAUGCAAAUGGUGAUCAAGAAGUGGAUCUUUGUGUGGUCGAUAAUUGGGAAUUUUCGUGUUCAUUCAUCACCUCACCGGGAGACUCCUCAGUGAUGUCUUCAGACUCAUGCAUCCGCGAAGCUGUGGUUGAAAACGAGUACUAUUAUGUACCGAAAGAAAGGUGCAACGAAUUCCAAACAUGGAAGGAUUGGAGAGCAUUUCAAGGAUAUGUGAAUGGAUGAAUGAGGAUGAGUUUGAUCCAUCUUUUGAGGGCGUAUGGGGAGGCCGUGGAGAAAGGGGAGGAGGAGCUUGGCGAGGUGGUUGUGGGAGCGAUCAACGACAAGAGCAGCCCUGUUGGGAGCACAAUGGAACGCGUUGCAUACAACUUGUUCGGGCACGGGGAAUACAUGAGGGAUGAGGCAGCCACGAACCUAAUAGCUGCGUUCAGAGUGAUGUAUCAGAGCCUCCCGGAUGGAAGGGUGGCACAUUUCACUGCCAACGCAGCUAUUCUUGACUCCAUCCCUGAUGAUGCAGGGGUGGUUAGGAUUGUGGACUUUGACAUUGGAGAGGGGAUUCAGUGGCCCCCGUUGAUGGAGGCGUUGGGCCGGAAAGGCACGGCCCUGAGGCUCACAUCACUAAGGACUAAAGAGGAAUGCACUUGUUCUUUUUGGAAAUUUGAGAACACUAAGAAAAUGCUUCUAUCACAAGCUACACAAUGUGGUGUUGACCUCCAAGUUGAAGAAAAGUAUGUUGAAGAAAUUGGUAUUGAGAAUGCAAGGGAAUGGGUGGUGUUCAACUGCAUGGUAGGGCUUCCACACAUGGGGAGGAGACUGCCUAGAGCGAGCGUUGAAGGAUUUCUCAACGAAGCCAAGGCUAUGGUGGAAGGCUAUGGGGUGCUAGGAGAUGGAGAAGCUAUGGAGAGUUGUGGUGGUUAUACCUCAUAUUUUGAUUUUCUGCAUAGGCAUUACCAAGCCGUGUUUGAGUCUCUUGAGAGGAGUCACCUGGUUUAUAUUUCGGAGGCUAGGGCCGCCAUGGAGAGUCUGUUUUUGGGGCCUUUGAUGUGUCUGGUCGCGUGGCUCCGGGAUUGGGAGGAUAUGAGGAGAAGUUGCAAUUUUCGGAAGGAAACUCGAUUGGAAGGAAGGAAGCUUAGGUUGGAGAGCUUAACCGAAGCUAAGGAGAUGGUCCGAGGGGAAAAUCCAUAUAGUGUGAAGAUCGAAGGUGUGAGAGAUCACGAGAUGGUGUUGCGAUGGAAGGAGACAACACUAGUUCGAGUUUCCACGUGGAUGUGAACGACACUAUUGGUAUAUACAUGUUAGCGCAUGAUUGGUAGGCUAGAUGUAUUAGUCCUUCUGAUGAUAUUUGUAUGAUAGUUACUGGUUUGCAUUUAGUAUUCUUCUAUGGUCAUGUAAAAAAUCUAAUUCAUAUUAAUCGAAUUCUAACAUAUUUCC